CAUCUUGAAGAUGACAGCUUAUGUUACUGAGAGGAAGAUUCUCAAAGUUCAAUACUUGGACUACCCUUGACUGAAGUUAAGCAUUAAUUUCAAGUAGCAAUGUUACAAAACCUCAGCACUGAGUUGGAAUCUUUCAGAAAAAACAACAACGAAAUGCAAGCCGAAUACAAUCACACGGCAACAUGUAUCAUUCAACCAAAUCUCUACAUGGAGGUCUUUGCGAUAAUUAUGUCUGCCUCUUGACUUGAAAAUGAGACUCAAGAUUUUCUUCACCGCUACCUCUUUAUCUUGCGAUUUCCACCUCGCUCUAUAGACAGAGCCAAACGCACCUCCACCGCAUUUCUCGAAGAAUUCGAGAUCUUCAAAAUCAAUCUGGACAUAGGCCAUGGUUGACGUUUUUGGACUACAUCUCCGAGCUAAAAAAAGGCUACGGAUCUUUCUGCCGAGCGCUAACUAGAACGUGUUUCAGAUGACUUGAGAGGGAACUCGUUCGAAACUGGUCAGCAGUCAGCAGUAAGAAAGAUUAGGAAGAAAUUUAUGACGUCACGAAAGUUGUCAGUUCAUGGCCGUGAAAGACUGGAAACCAAGAUUCCCAGGCGCGAACUUCAAGAAAUGGCGCCUCGUAAUAUUCCUGGUUGUUGUAUCUCUCAGUUUUUAGUAAAGUUUUAGCGGUUUUCUACUCAUUAAGUCCUUUCGGUAUAGAAGCAAAGAUGUCUUUGAUAGUGAAAGAUGUUUUAGAUGCCCUUCAACAGAUGCAAAAGAGUCUGGAGUGUUCGAUUUGCCUUGAAUUGUUGAAGGAUCCUCACUCAACGAAAUGUAAUCACCAGUUUUGUGGUCAUUGCAUCAAGCAAGUUCUUGAAAAGAGCAGUAAGAAGUCAAAAUACAAAUGGUAUUGCCCACUCUGCAAGACUCCAGUUUCUAAAAGGAGCCUUACACCAAACCCUAGACUAAAUGAAAUUGCUGCUGCAGUGCGUAAUUUACAGGGAGCUAUUCAAGAAGAUACAGGGAUUCCAACAGGCUCACCACCUUCACAGCCACUCAAGCCACUUAUUACAGUCUAUGAUAAAGGAAGUGUUGAUCCAGAUUCUAUUCAUUGUCCAACCCCACAAAAAUGUGUCAGCAAACAGAAAAAUGUAGGGCAGAAAGUUUCCAGAAGGAAGAAUCCUUUCAGCAUAUAUGUUGAUGACAAUGAUGAUGCUGACCAUUCUCUGCAGAAUAAAAAGCCUGAAGCUGUGUCUAAUGUCAACAUAAGGUCAAUGCUGGGACCAAUAUCAACAGAAAAAGCAACAAACAGUGCAAAGUCAAAGAAGUCUUUCAACACAAGACAGACGAGAAGCUCCAGAAGAACGGCCCCAAAAAAUCUCCUCAAGGAAAACACAAAUGGAAACUCUGUCAAUGAAGAGCUACUUCAUAUGAUAGAUACGUUGCCAUUCCAACCACUUUUAAAAGCAGGUUCAACAUCUCCGGCGAUAGAUGGAGCUUCAAUGGCAGGUGAAACUGAGCAGUAUCAUGCUAUUACAACCAACCAAGGGUCAUCCCAGUUAGUUGAGUCUGAAUGCCUCGUUAAUUGUCAAACCAUAGACUGUAAAGGGAGACGACAGAUUGCUUCUGGACAGCCUAAACGCGCUGUGUGUUCAAAAACUGUUGCCGAGGCCGACUCCUCUAUGAAGACAAGUCCUCGUGACAACUCAGUGUUCAUUGAAAACAAGAUUUCUCUUUCGCCAACCUUGGCACCAGUACCUGUAAAAGGAGAUAACAAUGAAGAUGAAGGUGCAGUGUCCAGCACCAAGUGUGAGUGUUUUUCACCAAGUAGUUUAGAUACUAUGCAAAGUGUUUCUAUUUUGCCAUCGCAGGAUUGUCUUGAACAUCGAUGUGAUGUAGUCGUGGGGGAAAUCCAAGUAAGAAAUCAAGAAGAAGCUUCUCCUAAAAGGGAAGAAUUCUUAAUUGAGGGUGUUAGCGAAAGCGAGGCUAUCAAAAUCGAGAGUUCUGCAAGAAAUGCUCAAGAGGGACCGUUAUUGACCUGCAAAAAUAGACGAAAUAACGAUAAUGUUUCACCUCAGUCUUUAAAGAAAGGGUUACAAUCUGAAGGCCUUUCUAGUAGUUCCAAGAAUCGUGCGCAGGGAAGUUUGGACUUUGAAGGUUUAGUUUCCUUGUUUGAUGAUCCUUUUAUGAGUAAAGAUGUAGAGGAACUAUCAAAAGCGGAUGAAAGUUCAAAACAACAUCCAGAUACCAGUCAACACGAAGAAGAGACGUUUUCAUCCACCCGAGCAAGUUUUGCUGAUUGUGAAGAAUCACAGAAUCAAGCAGCCGAAUCUGAUUUGUGCGAACGAGUUAAGAUGAGGCGAAGGCGUCGAACAUCGGAGAUUCCGUUGCCAGCAAACAAACGUUCUGAAGCUUCAAAGAAAUCUCUGCAGUUGAGAACCAAGACAAAAAAGAGAUGUGCAGAAUCUGCAGCUACUUUAACUAGCGACGAUCAAAGGUUUUCUGAAAACACUCGCAAGAAGUUAAAACAAGUUGAGGAUCCUUUGCUUAAUAAGAAGUCUCCUUUCAAAGACGAAACGAAGGAAUUACAGAAAGAUGAAGAAAAUAGCGAAGAAAUGCAUACUAAUGGCAUGAUUUUGCUCUCGGUGAAACAUGAUGAACAAGCUCAAGAAUAUUCCACAUUCGGAAGUGAUAGCAGCAAAACCGUGCUUUCAAGCGAGAUUAUUCAAGCCAGUGUUUCUUCCUCCGAUAUAUCUCCUGCGACAGUCAUCAAUCCAAUGAUUGCCCAUGUUGAUCAACUUGGAGAAAACCUGCUAAGAAGAAAGGAAACAGAAGGAUCAAACUCGCAAAGAAACAAGGAAAACGAUCAGAGUGAAGUCGGCAAACACAACAGCGUGAUAGAGAGUAGACUGAGUGAGGAUGAAAAGACUAGAGAGUGUCCUCAAAUAAAACUGAUUUUGGAUAGAAAUAAAGAAAAUCAAGCAAACCACGAAACGCAAGACCAGGAAAGCGCAUACAAAGAGGAAGAAACGGGAAACGAAAAGAGAAAACAUCGUGAAGAAGAAGCAGACUGGAGUGGAUCAAAACAAGAAGCAUCAAAGAAACGUCAUCAGCAGCCUCAGUCCUUUUACUCAAAAGGGAUGUCACUGACGGCAAGUGGUCACCGAGGGUUACCAUUCCAGAAAGAAGUGGAGGAACACGAGUCUGAUUUGGUUAAUACAACUGACUCCUCUAGAUCAUUACCAGAGCUUGACCUUAAACAGAAAGACCAUUUGACGAGUUCUUUUACGUGGCAUUCUCAGGAACACACUGCAACUGAAGUAAAAGAGAUUGUGGACGGUUUUAAUUGUAAACUUUUGGAUGAGGCCCAACAUUUAACAUCUCAGAAAUCAAGUCAGAAAGGGCAAAUCUCAGGUGACACUCCAACACAAAGUUCAUUAGAAUUUUUGGAUGCCAUGACGCCAUGUUUGUUUGGAAACGACGGCCUGGAAACGUCAGUCGGAGACCAAAACAGCCCUCAUAAAACAACAGAUUCCAGAACUCCUUCCUUCAGUGACGGCAAAACUGAAGAAGAGAACAGCAUGGAUGUGCAAAAAGAUGGCUGCCUGAGAGGAAAUUCUCGAGAUAUUAUCGGGGUCGAAUAUGGGAAUGCUGAGCGAGAGAAAGUCGUUGACUUGGCCCGUUGUCCUAAUGGUGUUGGGGAGGUAACGUCCAAUACAGACGGAACUCAAAGCUUUGAGACGAGUCAGAGCAUAUCGGUUCUUCAUGGUUUGGAAUUUCCACUACAUGAUCAAUCCCAAGAUAGUACUAACUGUAGCGAAAACUUACCAGACCUUGGCAGAUCUUCACAGCAUUUCCAAAAGCAGUCUGAAGACGAUGCCCCUUGGACGGAACCACCUCCCAAGAAAACAAGAAAAAUUGAGAUGAUUUCGACAUCGCAAGAUGAUACAUAUUCAGAUAUUUCACUUACGCCCGGGAGUGGUCCGACAAUCAAGAAGAGUCGUGAAUCGGAGUGCAUGGAAUGUGAGGUCAUACCACCUACUCCGCUGGUUAAACCUGUCACAAAACAUGCUCUUAGCAACCUAGAUCAGUCUCCUUCGAGGCCGUCACAUCCCAAUUCAAAGCUGCACAGGAAUAACGACGAGAAAUCUCGAUCCGAAAAUCCAGUUGUUAGACGAAGUAGGCGAAGUAAGAGCCCUCGUGUUUCAAAAUCUGCAACUUCUAGUUCUACAUGUUCUUCUACUAGCAGUGAACAGAGCGAAAACAGCACGUCUUUAUUGAAGAACCUGGAGACCAUCGUGCCUGACUUUAGCAAGGAGUUUGAGUCUUCACAAGGCAGGAAGCCAGGAAAUGCAAUCACUGAAUGGGACGCCACGCCUAGUCAAUCACCUGAUGACUUCGAAAUAAAUAAGAAUUUUUGUGAUAAAACACUACCUGAUCGUUGCGUUUCCCAAGACAAAACUUUCAGUCAAAGUUCUUACAAUGAAAUUCGAUCCGAUGUUUUAAAUUCUAAAGAAAGAGCUUGUAAGAACUUGGGUGAUAUGCCUUGCCCUGAUGCAGAGAAAACAAAUUCGUCGCCACAAACAUGCAGUUUAGAUAGACAAAAAGUUCACGGUGACGUACAGGAUUCGUUUUCCUGGACAGGUACAGAACACAAAAGAAAUUCUCAAAUUUCUCCUGUCCCUUCGUAUAAUGAUAUUGCGCAUAAAAACACUGAGGACGUAAUUGACGUUUUCAAGCACAAAUUAAGAAGGGCAAGUGUGCGCGACAGCGGUGAACAAGACUGUUUCCGUGGUGAUUAUGAUGAAGGGGAUAUCUCCCUUGGAGACGAUGGAAGGCGCAAAAAUCCUUUCGGCGUUAGGAAUGAAGGGGAUGCCCUUGCUAGUGAUAAUGAGGUAGAUUCUUCAAGUGAUGAAGUUCUACUGAUGCCCGUGUUUCUCCCCAAGUCGUCUGAAUCUCAUCCAAAUGACAAUUGCAGUGAAGAUGACGAGGAUGAUGAAGAGGAAUUGCAGUUCUUUUCACAGGAACUAAUUCCAUCUGACGAGGAGAGAUAUGACGACAACGAUGACGAUGGAAUAUCUUCGUGUAAAGCGUUGGACAGUACUGGUGCUUCGUCGGCUACAGUUUUAUCAGAAGCUGCCGCCUCUACUCAGAAAAUGGAGGUUCUUCGCCAGGAUGUUGAAGCGAUGGAAAAAGAGAUGGACGAGCUAAGAGCUUAUCUUGCUGAAACAGACGAGCAACAAAAGGAAGGAAACAUAGAAAUAGAUGAUGACGUGGACUGCAUGGAAGAAGAUCCUCGUGAUAGUGCCAUCAUAACGUCUUCACUCACUCCACCCCCACCGCUUACACCCAAGAGCAUCCCUCCCAUGCGGCAACUGUCCUCUCCCCUGAAAAACGCUUCGCGCUAUCUAAAUCAAGAGGGGCAAUCGUCAGAUGAAGAUGAAGACAUUGCUGGUGAGGAAAUAACUACCAGCAUUAGAGAGGAAUACUGCGAACUAAGAAAUACGCCUUGUAACGGAAAAGAGAAUCUUGAAGAGAACGAAAAUGCUGUCAGAUCGUGCUCACGGAAGCGUGCUUUGUCACCUAGUCACGAAGAUGAUGGAUUAAGCAUCACAGCGGUCGGAAACCGACAAGAUAAGACGCCUUCUCCACCGCGCAGUUCCCGUGAGAUUCAAAAAUCUCAGGAAAGAGAUGAAGGUUUAAUUGUUAUUGACGAUAGGGACCCUGUGAAUUCUAAGACUGGGUCUCUUUUGCUUGUUAAGAGGAGAAAAGUAGUCGAUGAACUUGUCCCCAGAAAAUCUCCAGUUGUUAGCUUGCUGUUUACGAGAAAAGUGAAAGAUGUCAAUGCGGCCAGUCAUUCUCCAAUAUCACAUGGGUUGGCAAAAGGACUAUCGCCUAUAAAGAAGAGAUCUCCUUUCAUUUAUUCACGCAAGCGCUCUGCUGAAGCCUCCACGAUCUCUGGAAGGAACUCUACGGGGCCACUGUCACAUAAAACUGCGUCUCGUGACGAUAUGCCGCAUGACCGAGCACGUGUUGUGACACGUGAUGCUCGAUCCCAAGAAAGUACAUCAAGAGAUUCUCUGUCAGCUGAUGGCCUGUUGAUUGAGGGUGUGUCACGUGCUCAAUGUCGGUUAUCCGAUGAGACAUUCAUAGAACUGAGCACUGCCACGAAAAAAAGAGAGAGCCCGAGGAACCGGAAGAAGGACAACUCACGAAGUGAGAAGACUAAACCUCCAUCUUUUGUGGCUACUCGUCUAAACAGGAAGCAGCUGGCGGAAGCUCGUGUUCUUGCCGAAACGUAUGGCGGGAAGCUGGCUAGCGAAUUUAACAGCAAGACUACUCACGUGAUCAUGGCAACAGAUGAAAACAUGCAGGUGACACGUCAUAGUUAUACCAUGAAGUACCUACUGGGAUUGGCUCUUGGCAAAUGGAUUGUCAGUCAUCACUGGAUCACUGCGUGUAUUGCAGCCAAAGCACUUGUAGCGGAGGCGGAUUAUGAAGUGAGGGGUGACGCUGGUCUUGGACAAACUUCUAUCCCUUGCUUGGCAAGAACAGCUAGAAGUAAGAAGGAAGCACUAUUGUUCGAAGACUUCCACGUUCUCUGCUUUGGCAAGUUUAGUGCAGCGGUCGCAAAAGACCAGCUCAGCCAGCUUUUAAAAUUUUGUGGAGCACAUGUCUUUUCCGAUGUUGAAAAUUUAAAAAGAAUCGGAAAGGAUGGCCGAAAAGUUGUUGUCCUUGAUAAAGAUACGAAAACAAACAUUGAUCACUUGAACGCUGUCUGUCGUCACUUGAACACGAUCCCUGUGUCUUUAGAAUGGGUAACAGACAGCAUAGCAAAUUACAAGGUUCAAGAUUUAAACGAUUACGCCAUCAAAAUGGACGAUCAGAGGCAUACAGACAAGUCUUCUCUUAACCAAGAUAUCUUAAUUCUGUGAAUGGAAAUGGUGUAUUUAAAUUAGAUGUGGUAUAAAAGAAACUGCGAAAUAAUUUGAUUAAAACAUGGUAGUUUGCUUUUUUAAAACAUCCUUGGAAAAAUUGUGGACAGGACUAUCAUAGAGGCAGGAAAUUCUUCUCGCCCAGUCCCUCAGGUAACUCCCCACGGGGAGAGUUAGAGUAGGGAAAUAUUUUAAUACACUUCUGAAUCGCACACAUAUAUUGUGAUACGGUGUAAAUAGAGCGUAUAAGUUGAAAGAGAAACUGAAAAAGCAUAUUAACUUUUAAAUGAUACUUUCCUUCUUUGACUGCCCACAAACAGGUCUAGAAAAGGUUUAACCCUUAAACGUAAAAG